AGCAAAGAAAAAACACAUUAAACGCACAACUAUUUAAUGAUAACAACAACAACAACAACAAUAUCAUUAUCAUCAACAACAACAACAAAAGCAAAACUUACUGUAUAUUGAAGAGUCAACUAAAAUAAAAACCUAUCGGUUCCCAAAUGCCGGCAAGAAAAGGACUGCUCGCACCUCAAAACACUUUUUUGGAUACCAUUGCCACCCGAUUUGAUGGCACACACAGCAACUUUGUGUUGGGCAACGCACAGGUGCCGAACCUAUUUCCGAUUGUCUACUGUUCCGAUGGCUUCUGCGAGCUCAGUGGGUUCGCCAGGGCUCAGAUCAUGCAAAAGGGCUGUGCCUGUAGUUUCCUAUUUGGUGCCGACACGGCUCAUGAACUCAUCAAACAAAUCGAAGAAUCAUUGGAAACCAAAAGCGAACUCAAGAUUGAAGUGAUUUUUUAUAAAAGAAAUGGCAGUCCUUUUUGGUGUCUACUGGAUAUCGUUCCCAUUAAGAAUGAGAAGCACGAAGUGGUCCUAUUUUUGGCCUCGCAUAAGGACAUUACCCGUACAAAAAUGGCCGAAAUUGAGGACGAAACCAAAGAGUGCUACGAUAUGGACGAUCUGGCACUCGAUGCCAACAGUCCCGUAGAAGAAGAGGACGGCUGUCUAACGGCCAAUCAUUAUCAGCGCCGCAGAAGUCGAGCCGUUCUCUAUCAGCUGUCCGGUCAUUAUAGACGAAGUGUAACCGUUAAGUCUAAGCUUAAGCUAAAUAAUAACAUAUUACACUCGACAGCAUUGCCUGAAUAUAAAACGGCGGCUUUCAAAAAGUCACGACUGAUUCUCUCGCAUUACGGCAUGUUUAAGACCUGUUGGGAUUGGCUUAUCCUAAUCGCCACUUUCUAUGUGGCCAUCGUUGUGCCCUAUAGUGCAGCCUUCAGACACAGCAAUACCGAAAUGUCCGAUAAAUACAAGACUAUUAUUACUGAUAUUGGCGUCGAAAUUGUCUUUUUAAUUGAUAUAAUACUCAACUUUCGGACCACAUUUGUGAACAAAAAGGGCGAAGUGGUGGCCAAAUCGCGAUCAAUAGCCGUACACUAUUUGCGCGGUUGGUUUAUAGUCGACCUUUUAGCUGCCCUACCAUUUGAUUUGCUCUAUGCGGCCCACCUUUAUAGCAGAAUAACACCAUUAAUACAUUUGCUAAAAUUGACUCGAUUGUUGCGAUUGGCCAGGCUGCUACAAAAAAUGGAUCGAUACUCACAGUACAGUUAUAUUAUACUGACAUUACUGAUGCUAUCGUUUUCAUUAUUGGCUCAUUGGUUGGCCUGUAUUUGGUAUGUAAUCGCCGUCGAAGAGAUUGAGUUUCAUCCGAUCGAUUGGGACGUCGGUUGGUUACAUCAGUUGAGCACCAAAUUAGGCUACGAGACGGCCACUGGAAAUCUAAGUGACUUUUCCUCAUAUAUAACUGCCCUCUACUUUACAACGUCCAGCUUAACGUCGGUCGGCUUCGGCAACGUAUCGGCCAAUACGGACUUCGAGAAGGCCUUCUCCAUAAUAAUUAUGUUAAUCGGAGCCCUUAUGCACGCCGUUGUCUUUGGUAAUGUUACGGCAAUCAUCCAACGUAUGUACGCCCGUCGGUCACAAUACCAGACCAAACUGCGUGAUCUCAAAGACUUUUUCAAAUUACAUCAAAUACCGAAACAAUUGCGCCGCCGGAUGACCGACUACUUCCAGACCACGUGGUCUCUCAAUAACGGUAUCGAUCACAAUGAGAUAUUGCGUGAAUUCCCGGAUGAGUUGCGAUGCGAUGUCUCUCUGCAUCUUCACCGGGAGAUCCUGUCGUUGCCAAUCUUCGAGACGGCUCCCCAAGGAUUUCUCAAACUGUUGUCACUUCAUAUUAAGAGCAACUUUUGUGCGCCGGGAGAAUACCUGUUGCAUAAGGGCGACGCACUUACCAACAUCUAUCUGGUCUGCAAUGGAUCCAUGGAAGUCCUUCAAGACAAUAUGGUAGUGGCCAUACUCGGCAAAGGCGAUCUCGUCGGCUGUGAUAUACCGUGCAAUCUGAUCAUCGACACACUGAUCAAGUCGUCCAGCGAUGUCAAAGCACUGACCUAUUGUGAUCUGAAGAGUAUUCAUGUGCCCGGACUGCUGGAAGUACUCAAAUUGUAUACCGAAUUUGGCGAAACAUUUUGUACGGAAAUUAUUCACGAUUUGACAUUCAAUUUGCGUGAGGGCUACGAAAGCGAAGUGGAGAACGGUCUACACGCCGCCCAUUCGCUGACAUUGCCGUCCAUUUCCGAGGACGACGAAAACAACGAAGAAGACGAAGAUGAAGAAAACGAAAAUCGCGACGACAGCGACGACACGGGAUCGCCGCCGCACUCGCCUCGGGGUCCGGCAUCUGUCAACCCAUACAAUACUCAUCAUAAGCGGCACAGUCUAUGGGACGCCAAGACUGUUAACAACGAGAGUAUACCGAUGCUGUCGUCCGCAUCGUCGGCCAAUCGACGUACUAAUCAUAUAAACAAUAGAAUCAAUUUUAUGAAAAACAUCCGAAUAUCUUCGUCGAACACGUCGUCCGGCGARAGCGCYGAUCUCAGGGAUCAAUUGAAAGCUACUCAGUCGGGCGUCGAAGAGAUCGAUACGAAAUUGUCGACAAUGAACGAAGAGAUCGACAAAGUCAGUCGCGAUAUGAAGACAGUAGUGUUUAUUCUGCAGAAAAUUUUUCAAUUGAACGGCGAGUUCGCUCAACAAAACGAUAACUCAUCGCAAAAUUCAUCGCCGGUUCAAUCGUGCGAUUCUGUACUCAAUAAGACGACAACAGCGAUGACGACAAUGACAACGRCGGCAAACGUUCGGACCAAUAAUCUAAACAACAAUUUGUGUCUUUCUUCGUCAUCGUUGCUCAAAGAGAACCAGAAGCUGCCACUCAAUACAACCAACAGUUUCGGCUCAAACAACAAGUAUUUCAAUAAGACAUCGUCGUCGACACAAACCGAUCGAUUUCUAUUGGAUGAUCUCAUAUGCAAAUGGGUUAACGCCGACUCUGGCUCACCCCCACCCAACUCAGGCUACAGUUCCAGCUCUUCGCACGAAGAGAGAGUCCGGUUCAUGUCUGGUGUCAGCCACUGUUCCCGUAUAGAUGUCGACAACGAAAGCAUUUCCGACGAUAGCGUACUGAAAAAUUCGCUGACAAUACAGAGUCUGACCUCAUCUCGCGAUGUCUCGCCGUACAAGCCUUCGCGUAACAGUUGGAACACUACGGCGUCGAGCGAUAAUAUGAUGAGUCCAUCGCCGAGACCGCCGUCGACAAUGGCCACACAAACCAAUACCAACACCACCAUCACUGGCGGCAUCCAAAGUCAAUCUCAAACCACUGAUCAAUCAACAAAUGAGUGCACAAUUAGUAUUGAAGAUAAUGUGGUUCACAAUCAAACCAUUAUUACUACUAAUACUAAUAAUAAUAGAUUAAAGCUCUCGACAGAGCUAUAG